GAAACUAAUGUACCCUGCUUGGUUUAAACACUAGACUGCAGUUUGUUUUUCAUGUUCAGCUGGUAAAAAGUUGGAUUUCUUUGUAUUGAACCCCCCAGAUGCGAAAGCUGUGAAUGGAAACACGACGCAUUAUGUUAAUCAAUUUAAAUGCAUUAAUGGCAGAUGUAAAAAUCAGCCCCCCCCCCACUCACACCCUGCAACGUCACACAGCGGUAUGACUAUAAAAAUGAGGAACACAAGCCAAACCCCAUCCCCUCCCUCACAACCUCACUCUCUUACACUCUGUUUUCCAUCUGAGUUUGUUCAAGGGUUCAGAGAGUGAGAGGACGGAUGCUGGCUUAUUACUGCUGCCAUUACCUGACAGCUCUUUAUCUUAACUGAACACACAUUGCUGCUUUUACCUGCCAUCUGGACUAUUUUUUAAUUUUUCAAGCCUAAUGCUCCAACAUUCAUAGCACUUCAAGACAACGUAAAGUAAAGUACCGCAGCAUCAUGACCAGGAAGGUGUUCACCAACACCCGUGAGCGCUGGCGCCAACAUAAUGUCAACACAGCCUUCGCAGAGCUGCGGAAACUCAUUCCCACACACCCGCCCGAGAAAAAACUCAGCAAGAAUGAGAUCCUGCGGCUGGCCAUGCGCUACAUCAACUUCUUGGUGACUCUGCUGGAAAGCCAAGGAGGAGAGCCGUCGACUCACUCGCAAGCCGCGCUCCUCACACUGAUCACGGGGAACAUACAGAAGCUGCGCACCGACCGCACCUGGACCAGCGACACCGACCCGCCCUCACCCGGGUCCAGCUGCGACAGUUCAGAAGCCUGGUAGAACGAAACUGAAGCAUGGGCGCUCUAUGAAAGGAUUCUGUGAUUGUGAUGUUUUUGAAAGUUCCAAUGCCAUGGAGAGACAAAGCUGGAUUUUUGGAACUUGGAAUGUUCGCUAUGACAUCACAAUCACUCAUUUCUUCCGAGCUUUUCUUUUAAACGAAUGAUCUGUGGAAACCCAGAAACACUUUAUUCACCAGUACUGCUG